AUAGAUAAAAAUUGGGAAGGAUCAAAACAAGGCAUGACCAUCGAGAUCAGUGUUUUACGAACCACGGUUGGCAUUAGUCGUGAAUUGCGUAUUUGCGAUAAACAAACAUAACGACAAAAAAUGGGUUCCUGGUAUAGUCGAUUACUGUGGGGUGGCGACCCUGAUGAAGUCAAUCCUGUAUCAGGGCUGUCAAGGAGAGAUAUUUAUUUAGUACAAAAAUCUUGGGCUGUUGUAUAUGCCGAUGCUUUAGCUAACGGCACGGAACUUUUUAAAGGGUUGUUCCGAGUGGAUCCCACAACACUAACAUUUUUCAAAAUGCUCAAAAAUGUCCCAGAAGAGGAAUUUGGAAAUAACUUUCAAUUUAGAGCGCAUGUCCUCAAUUUGAUGACUUCUUUCAAUCAAGCGGUGAUAAAUUUACAUCAACCUGAGGUGGUAAUUGUGUUGAUGAACAAACUGGGAGAGUCACAUCGUAAACGGAGGAUAGUAAAAUCACAUUUUGAUGAUUUAAAAGGAGUCUUAGUGAAAAUGUUUAUUGAAGUUUUAAAAUUGGAUGAAUCCACGCUCGGGUCUUGGGGCAAGACUGUUGAUUUCUUGUACAAACACAUUUUUGAAACUUUGUCCAAAAACGAAAUGACUAGCUAAUCAAAUAUCUAAUUACUACUGUUUAUACGUUAGACUAAUCAAUAGAAAAUUUAUGUGAUAUAUUUUAAAUCACAUCCAGACAAAAUGUGAUGCAAAGUUAAGAAAAUAAAUCUUAUUUUUAUAACUUAAA